UGGAGCUGGGCUUGGAGCCAACGCAGGGCUGCACGCUGGAGCUGGGCUUGGAGCCAACGCCGGCUUGAACGCUGGAGCUGGCCUCAACGCUGGAGCAGGACUCAAUGCCGGUGCCGGCUUGAACGCUGGAGCUGGUCUUGGAGCCAACGCAGGGCUGCACGCUGGAGCUGGGCUUGGAGCCAACGCCGGCUUGAACGCUGGAGCUGGCCUCAACGCUGGAGCGGGCCUCCGCGCGGGUGCAGGGCUCAAUGCCGGUGCCGGCUUGAACGCUGGAGCUGGGCUUGGAGCCAACGCAGGGCUGCACGCUGGAGCUGGGCUUGGAGCCAACGCAGGGCUGCACGCUGGAGCUGGGCUUGGAGCCAACGCCGGCUUGAACGCUGGAGCUGGCCUCAACGCUGGAGCGGGCCUCCGCGCGGGUGCAGGGCUCAAUGCCGGUGCCGGCUUGAACGCUGGAGCUGGGCUUGGAGCCAACGCAGGGCUGCACGCUGGAGCUGGGCUCGGAGCCAACGCCGGAUUGAACGCUGGAGCUGGCCUCAACGCUGGAGCAGGGCUCAAUGCCGGUGCCGGCUUGAACGCUGGAGCUGGGCUUGGAGCCAACGCAGGGCUGCACGCUGGAGCUGGGCUUGGAGCCAACGCCGGCUUGAACGCUGGAGCUGGCCUCAACGCUGGAGCGGGCCUCCGCGCGGCUGGGCUUGGAGCCAACGCAGGGCUGCACGCUGGAGCUGGGCUUGGAGCCAACGCAGGGCUGCACGCUGGAGCUGGGCUUGGAGCCAACGCCGGAUUGAACGCUGGAGCUGGCCUCAACGCUGGAGCUGGCCUCAACGCUGGAGGAGGGCUCAAUGCCGGUGCCGGCUUGAACGCUGGAGCUGGCCUCAACGCUGGAGCUGGCCUCAACGCUGGAGCAGGGCUCAAUGCCGGUGCCGGCUUGAACGCUGGAGCUGGGCUUGGAGCCAACGCAGGGCUGGACGCUGGAGCUGGGCUUGGAGCCAACGCCGGCUUGAACGCUGGAGCUGGCCUCAACGCUGGAGCGGGCCUCCGCGCGGGUGCAGGGCUCAAUGCCGGUGCCGGCUUGAACGCUGGAGCUGGGCUUGGAGCCAACGCAGGGCUGGACGCUGGAGCUGGGCUCGGAGCCAACGCCGGAUUGAACGCUGGAGCUGGGCUUGGAGCCAACGCAGGGCUGCACGCUGGAGCUGGGCUUGGAGCCAACGCAGGGCUGCACGCUGGAGCUGGGCUUGGAGCCAACGCCGGCUUGAACGCUGGAGCUGGGCUUGGAGCCAACGCAGGGCUGCACGCUGGAGCUGGGCUUGGAGCCAACGCCGGAUUGAACGCUGGAGCUGGGCUUGGAGCCAACGCCCACUUGCGCGCGGGGGCUGGCCUAAGGGCAAACGCUGA